GUUCCGGGCGCUUCUGCACUUAAGCUGGGCGCGGGGUACUGGGUUGCUGGGCUCCGAGAGCAAGAGAGCGGUCAGCGCGGAGCCAGAGCCAGAGCCGCGCGUCCUGUCCACAAGCCGACACCAGCACGCCGGCAUGGCCCCUACAGCGUCAUCGGGCGGCAGCACCCUGCCCAGCGGCUUCGCGGUUUUCACCACCUUCCCCGACUUGCUCUUUAUUUUGGAGUUUGUCUUUGGGGGCCUCGUGUGGAUCCUGAUCGCCUCGUCCCUGGUGCCCCUCCCCCUGCUCCAGGGCUGGGUGAUGUUCGUGUCUGUGUUCUGCUUCGUGGGCACCACUGUCCUGCUCUUCCUGUACCUAAUUGGUGCCCAUGGUGGUGAGACUUCCUGGGUCUCCCUGGAUGCAGUCUACCACAGUAUUACUGCCCUGCUGUACCUCAGCGCCGCUGUCCUGGAAGCUUUGGCCACCAUUUUAAUGCAAAAUGGCUUUAUAUACAAAUAUUACCAUGAAAACAUCGCUGCUUCGGUGUUUUCAUAUGCAGCCACUCUGCUGUACGUGGUCCAUGCGGUAUUUUCUUUAAUCAGAUGGAAGUCUUCGUAAAGCAGCAGAAGAACUUCAGCUGAAAACCCAGACGGUGUUAACUGAUCGGCCCGCCUUCCAGCACAACUUUCUAGCAUGCAGAAAUGCUCUCCAUGGUGGAAAAAAGAAACCAAAAAAAAAAAAAAAAAAAGCAAUGCUGUGUGUCUUGUGGGUGUUAUGCUGACUCUCCCCUGUCCCUCCUGUCAGGGUUGGGACCUGCUGCGUUUAACCUCCAACUACUGAGGCGUCUUUCAGGGUCAUCUCCUAUUUGUGAAAGGGGGCGGUGGGGUGGAGUGUGGAGUCUGUGAUCUGAGAGAGCAGGAAACAAAGAUCCCUGCUGACCCCUGGACCGGAUCUUGCGAACUCUCUGCUGGAAUCUUCCACAGGCUCUUUUGAGCCCCCAUCUCCAUGGGGGAAGAUGAUAAAGCUUUGAAAUACUUUAUAAAGUGCCUUUGUGUUCAAUA